GACUUCUCCCCCGUUUCCGCCCACAUCCGCCGACCUGCCUCGCCAUUCCGCCGCGCCUUCGCAUCGUCCGCGCGCCCGGCCCUUUUCGUUCUACCCCGGUACGACUCGACGGUGGUCGUGGGCGCCGAAGGUGCGGCUCCGAGGCGCCAGGUGGUUCGUUUGCUGUUUGCGCGAUCGCCGGAGGAGUCUGUGCAAGCUGUGCUGGCUAAGGGUUUGGGGGUUCGGAUUCAGUGGAGGGGCUGCGGCAGGAGGGAGCUAGAGAUGUACGGACCGCCGUCCCGAGGCGGCGGGGGAGCUGGCACUGCCGGAGAGCAGCCUAGGGUUUACCAAGUUUGGCGAGGAAGCAACGAGUUUUUCUUGCAAGGCCGGUUCAUAUUUGGACCUGAUGUGAGAUCAUUGUUUCUCACCAUAUUCCUCAUUCUUGCGCCAAUGGUGGUCUUCUGUAUAUUUGUGGCCAGACAUCUUAUCAAUGACUUUCCUGAUCAUUGGGGAGUUUCAGUUAUGGUCAUAGUGAUUGUCUUCACUGUAUACGAUUUAACAUUGCUGCUUCUUACCUCUGGUAGAGAUCCUGGUAUAGUGCCUCGUAACACCCAUCCUCCUGAAACUGACGCUAUUGAAAUGAACAAUGAUGCUGGAAAUGGUCAGACACCACAACAAUUGCGGUUGCCACGGACAAAGGAUGUUAUUGUAAAUGGGGUCAUUGUGAAGGUCAAGUACUGUGACACCUGCAUGCUGUACAGACCACCUCGAUGCUCACACUGCUCUAUCUGUAAUAACUGUGUGGAGCGCUUUGACCACCACUGCCCUUGGGUUGGCCAAUGCAUAGGAUUGCGCAAUUAUCGGUUCUUCUAUAUGUUUGUAUUCUCUACAACAUUACUGUGCCUUUAUGUAUUUGGUUUCUGCUGGGUGUACAUUAUCAAGAUUAGAGACGCAGAACAGUCGUCGAUCUGGAAAGCAAUGUUGAAGACUCCAGCAUCAAUUGUUCUGAUCAUAUACUGCUUCAUCUGUGUGUGGUUUGUGGGUGGUCUGUCUGUUUUCCAUUUCUAUCUCAUGAGCACCAACCAGACAACCUAUGAGAACUUCAGAUAUCGCUAUGAUCGGCGGGCCAACCCGUACAACAUAGGGAUCUUGAACAACUUCAUGGAGAUAUUCUGCACCGCAGUCCCUCCUUCCAAGAACAACUUCCGAGCCAGGGUCCCAGUAGAGCAAGGUUUACAGCAAUCGCGUGCGCCAGCAAGGGGUUUCAUGAGUCUAAACAUGGAUAAACCUGUUGGGGACUUCGAAUUGAGUAGGAAGCCAGUAUCAUGGGAUGAACCUCGGUCAGCAGCUGAUAUCAGGGACUUGGAGGUUGGUCUAGGGGGUCUACUGGACGAGAAAGAAGGCAGGAUAGCCCAUGCGUCCCCGGAUCUGAGCAGAGAUGCCCUUCCUGAGCUUGUGGAAGGGAGGGCUGGUAUGCAUUCGAGGCGAUCAAGUUGGGGUCACAGAAGCGGGACCUCGGAGUCCGUGGACAGCAUUGCUGUGCAGAUGGGGACCGGAGAUUCUCACUGGGGCUCCAUUAGCAGUGCCCAUGGCACAACCAGUGGAGCUCACUAGCAAGCUACGCCACGUCUUUGACGCAUCUUCUUGUGAAACCUGCCUGAUACCACCAACGAAGAAGCGACCUUUGGGCGCUCUCUGUGCACAUGUGCUUUCACUCCACUCCACCUAGGAUAUACGUCUGCAGUGCUUUCUUACUCAGUUGUCCUGAGAGCGCAUCAGUUCUGAUGGUUUGCUUCCCGUUUGGUGUUUUAAGCAAAAAUAACAGAAGAGCCCCUUAACUCCCCCUGUUGUUUGGAUUAUCCACUGUAUAUAUGUAUCUUUGC